AUGAUCACAGACGCGAGUCAAGACGACAGCGUUGAACAAGCUCUAAAAACUUGUAAAAUGGUGCAAUUUAUGAUUGAUUUCACUGCCAAACAACUUCUGGGUCUGAGAACUGAAUGCAAGAAGACUGAAGAGAUCACACAGAAGGAGAUCCGAGAGACAGAGAGUAAACUAAUUAAGUUAUUUAGUAAUCAGUUAGUGGCUAAAGCUAAAUUAAACUGUGAUAAUAUACCUCAACCAUUGAAUGAAUAUCCUAAUACACAGCAAUGGUUACAGGUAGCUGGCGUUAGUUCAGCCUCUAUCAAUGCAUUAAAAGAGAGAAAUAUAGGAUUGAAUAAGUUAUUACGGAUGAAAGAAGAUGAAAUAAAUAAAGUUUUAAGUCAUCAUGGUGCUAGUGAAGAAGAGAGUAGAACAUUAAAUGCUGCUUUAAAAAAUUUAAGAUCUUGCACAGGUAACAGUAUCACAAAUCAAGAUUGGCAUUUCACAGACUUGUCACUCACCAGAAACAACAAAUCAGCAUCGAAUAGUCCUUGUAAUGGAAACUCCCCUAAAUAUCAGCCACGCCCCUCGACAUCCUCUUUACCUGCUGAUAAUGUGACUGCAAUUAUAACUGACAUCCCAACUCCACCUGUCAGUACCCCUUCCUCGCCCCUCCCAGUUUCAUCACAUUCCUAUAAUUAUAAAUCCACCCCACCGGCCACGCCUCCCCCUUCCCGCCUUAAGUCAAGUGGAAAAUAUCCCUCAACGCCUCCACCAAAGAAGAAAAUGCAGUUAUUUCCAGAAAUGGCUCCUAUCACUAAGAGUAAAUCUCAUGAGUCUCAGCUAGCUAAUCGUGUUAUAGACAUUGAUCCAGUUAGUCAUGAAGCUUUAUACAGACGACGUUUAUCAACGGACGGAUCGGAUAGAUCUGAUACUGGUUCGUACAGGGGAAUGUCUGGUCAUAAUUCUCCGGGCAUGUCUUCCCCACUACGCUCUCCCCCAUGUUUUAAGCAUGAGGCUACUAAUGAAAUAACAAAAUAUUCUAAUACUUUAACUGUUCCAAAAUCACCAAAAACUCCCAUGGGUACUAAGAUGAAACACCAUAUCAAUCACAGGUUUACCAAUACAUUUAAAAUCACAACUUGUGAUGUUUGCCAUAAACAAAUGUUUAUUGGGUUUAAAUGUAAAGAUUGCAAGAAAAAGUUCCAUAAAGAUUGUGCAUCGCGAGCGUUACCAUCGUGUGGUAUGACUGAUAAUUAUAUUGAUUCCCUGUUAACGUGGUCAGGUAAACAUACUAAUAUAAAGGUUCAUGCUUUAUACCAUCAUAAUGUUAAAACAAAACCAACUAAUCCUAAUAUUAAUCUACAAGACAGUUACCUACAAGAUGGUCACCUACUAAAACAAGUGUCAUCCUUACCUGGCUUUCCUACUUCUCAUUUACCAGAUUCUAGUUCCACGUCAUCCUGCAACUCUUCUACACCCUCGUCUCCAGCGCUACAUGCCACAUCGUCUGGUACUAUAACUUCUCCUUCCCCAUCUCAAUCUCCACAUUCACAAAGUAACACUUUUAGAUUCCCAGGUAAAUUACUUCAGCUUUAUCAAAAGAAAGAACAACUUGUUGAGUUUACUUUAGAAAUUUCGACAUAUGAUUUAUUAAACACGUUUAGUAGUAAUACUUCUGAUAAAGUGUUAUUAGAUAGAGUAGACUCAAUCGAUAGUCAAGAUGAUCCAGGUGGGCAUAACUGGAAACGAGGCAAUAGUGUAAUUACUAUGAAGGAAUGGGAUAUACCAUAUGAACAACUAGUAUUAACCGAACAGAUAGGUACUGGUAGAUUUGGUACUGUAUUCAAAGGUCAUUGGCAUGGUCCUGUUGCUAUUAAAGUACUAGCUAUGGAUGAUAGUGAUAAUCAAGCUCAACUUGCCGCUUUUAAAUUAGAGGUUGGUGUGUUACGGAAGACAAGGCAUGAAAAUUUAGUGUUAUUUAUGGGAGCCUGUAUGAAAGAACCCAGACUUGCCAUAGUAACAAGUUUUUGUAAAGGAGAAACAUUAUUUAGUUUAAUACAUAUAAAACGUGAUAGUUUUAAAUUAAAUAAAGCUCUAAUAGUCGCCUCACAGAUAGCUCAGGGUAUGGGAUAUUUACAUGCUAGGGGUAUUAUACAUAAAGAUCUCCGUACUAAAAACGUCUUUGUGGAUGCAGGAAAAGUUGUCAUCACUGAUUUUGGUUUAUUUAAUGUCACAAAAAUUUGUCGAGGAAAUAACAUUCCACCAGGAUGGUUGUGUUAUUUAUCACCAGAAAUAAUCCGAACGCUUCACGCUAGACAGAGUGUAAAUAUGGAAAUACCCUUCACAGAAAUGUCUGAUAUAUAUGCAUUUGGUACCAUGUGGUAUGAAUUAUUAGUCAGUGAUUGGCCAUUCAAGUCCCAUCCUGCCGAGACUAUUAUCUGGCAGGUCGGGCGUGGUAUGAAACAAUCCUUGAGUUAUAUUGGUGCUCCUCGGGAGGUGAAGGAUAUUUUGAUGUCAUGUUGGGCAUUUAAGAAAGAAGAGAGGCCAGAAUUUAGUCAAAUUUCUAAAGCUUUGGAAAGGAUACCCAAAACAAGACUGAUACGUAGUCCCUCACAUCCAGUUCAUCUAUCGCGGAGUACAGAGGGCAUAUUUAAUACUUGA